AUGACAACACUUGUACCACGUUGUGGGACUUGUAAUGCCGUAUUUGAAUCAGCUGAAGCUGUGCGCAAACAUUAUGAGUCCGAAUAUCAUUUACACAAUGUGCGUCUGCGUGUAGAAGGACAACGACCACUAACCGCGCAAGAGUUCAAACACCUACGUGGGGCUGAGUAUGAUGAUACAGAUGAAAAUGGACGUCCAUCAUUUGCCUGUAAAUUGUGUAAAAAGACGUUUCAUUCUGUACAGACUUUACAAGCCCAUGUUCGCUCAACAGCUCAUCUCAUGAAGAAGGAGCAGCGUAUUCUCGCACGCGACUCAGAUGCAGCCACUGCACUCACUUCCACAUCAUUGGGCAGUGCAGCUAUUGGACUGCACCGUCGUCACAAUGCCAAGCGUCUCAAGGUGCCAGCGUCUUAUCCAACUGCUAAGAAAACUGACAAGGUGGGAUUAGAAGAUCGUGAAGAGGAUGUAACUGAAGAGCGCUGCCUUUUCUGUGGUCUCCUGUCUACCGAUAUUGAGGAAAACCUGCGACACAUGAGUGCGGCUCACGAGUUCACCAUCCCCCUCCGCCACCACUGCAGUGAUGUGAGUGGACUCCUGUCGUACCUUGCCCGCAAGACGAACGGUCUGAUCUGUCUUGUCUGCGGCGAGAAGACGCGCUCCUUCGACUCGCUGGAGGCGCUGCGGGCGCACAUGCAGGAGAAGAAUCACGGGCGGCUGGUGCUCGGCCCCGAGUACGAUGCCUUCUACGCGAUCCGCCUCGACAGCGGGGCCGCCGCGGCCGGCAGUCCAGCCACCGUCGAGCUCCACACCCGCGGCGCCCGCCGGGCGAUCCUCCGGCGCGAGGCCGACGUGCCGCUCCCCCGCAGGCGCGAGGCGGAGGCCGCCGCCACGGAGAGACGCGCGAUUCUCGCCGCCGAGCAGGAGGCUCUCGCCGUCGCCAGGCGCGAGCGACAGGAGGUGAUGCGCGUGCAGAACAACGCCGCCAAGCAGAUGGCACACCAGCAGCAGGGAUUGUAUCUUAGACACCAGCUGAAGGUGAGCUUACGCAGCAAUAAACUCCAUCCAAAGGGCUACGAUGGUGAAGGACAGGUCAACUAA